AUGGAGGACUUAUUUAUUGAUUUUGAUCAAGAUGCUGCAACAGAUUUUGCUCUCUGGGGCCAAAUGGACCCCAACUACCAGUUCCAGUCUCAGCUGGACACGUUGCUCUUUGACUGCAGCGCCACGACGGCACAGUUGUCGCCGUGGUCCUCUUUCGGAUGCCAGUCCGUGUUCCCCGAGGCGCAGUUGACCUUCACUGAUUUGGACUCGCAGUCGCCGCAGUUGGAGGCCGGUGCUGAAGUGGACAGCUCCUUGGUGGAUAAUGAACCUCAUGAGAUCACCAAGCGCAGACAGCAGCAGCGGCAGCGUCGCUUGGCGGUCCAUCAUCACCCGUACAAGGUGCAGCGCCACGCCGCCAACAUCCGGGAGAGGAAGCGGAUGCUGAGCAUCAAUUCUGGAUUCGAGGAGCUGCGCUGCCACGUGCCCACGUUCCCCUACGAGAAACGACUCUCCAAAAUAGACACCCUAAGACUGGCCAUCGCUUACAUCGCCCUGCUCAGAGAGAUUCUCAUGUCGGGCUGUGACCCCAAGUCAUACGUUGAUGAAUGCAUGAAGAAUGGAUAUAAGAAUCAGACCAAUGCCAUCUGGAAUACAAGUGAUCUGACAGCUCGGCUCUCUUGGAUAAAGUGGGAUUAA